AUGAUGCUUAGUGACUUGGUGUUGGGUAUUUUCUUCCUUAUUCAGUUGGGAGUUGGCCUUCUCGGGAAUUUCUUCCUCCUGGGCCUACACAGCUUCACUUUACUCACCAGCCAAAGGCUGAGACCCAUAGAGUACAUUUUUGCCCAUUUAGCUUUGGCCAAUGCAGAAGCGCUUCUCUCCAAAGGAAUCCCUCAUACGAUUGCCUGUUUUGGCUUGAAAAAUUUCUUGGAUCGUGUUGGGUGUAAAUUUAUUAUUUUUCUCCAGAAUGUGGCCCGGAGUGUUUCCCUCAGCAUCACCUGCCUCUUGAGUGGUUUUCAGGUCAUCACCAUCAGUCCCAGUCACUCCAGGUGGGCAGAACUCAAGAUCCAAGCUCAAAAGUAUAUUGUCCCCUCCUGCUUCCUCUGCUGGUGUUUCUACCUGCUGAUCAAUUUCACUUUGAUUGGAUCAAUGCAUAACUCAGGGUAUCUGACUAACAAUACAAAGAUAUGGAAUCUGAGAUAUUGUUCAUCUUUAACCCCUGACUCUUUUAAUGCUGCACUUUUUGUACUUGUCUUUUCUAUUCCUGAUGUUAUGUGUAUGGGAUUCAUGAUCUGGGCCAGUGCCUACUUGGUACUUCUCCUGCACAGACACCACCAGCAAGUGAAACAUAUUCACAAUCCUUACCUGUCUUCCAGAAUAUUCCCUGAGAAAAGAGCCACCCAUGCUGUCCUCCUGCUAGUGAGCACAUAUGUCUCCUUUUAUUCCAUUAAUUCUAGCUUGUCAUUUUACUUCUUUCAAAUGGAGAAACAUGAAUCCUGGUUCGUGGCCACCUUAGAUCUCCUAGGAACAUGGUUCCCAGCCAUGAGUCCUUUUGUGCUGAUCUUCUCUGACUCCCAAAUCCUCAAAUCCUGGCAUGCUCUGUGGCAUAGGAAAUGUUUGCUCCUAUCUCCUAUGCCACAGUGUCCUCAACCUUACCCCCCUCCCAGUAUCCUGUCCCAACACUGUGACAAACAAAUUUCUUUCAGAAGAUGGUGGUACAGGGGCAAGGUCACUGGAAUCUAA